AUGGAGGAGAACGAAUAUGUCGACCUCGGGUUCUUCAACACUUCCAGUGACGGCAGCCAGGGGCAUAAACGCUUCCUAGAGUUCCGCAAGUUCUUUCUGCCCUCCGUGUACCUGGUGGUGUUCAUCUGUGGCCUGCUGGGUAACUCGCUGGUGCUGGUCGUAUACAUCUCCUACCAGAAGCUGAAGAGCCUGACAGAUGUGUUCCUGAUGAAUCUGCCCUUGGCUGACCUGGUGUUUGUCUGCACUCUGCCCUUCUGGGCCUACGCAAGCAUCCACGAGUGGGUCUUUGGCAAGGUCGUGUGUAAAACCCUGCUGGGCAUCUACACUCUGAACUUCUACACAUCCAUGCUCAUUCUCACCUGCAUCACCAUGGACCGCUUCACUGCAGUGGUUCGGGCCACCAAGGCCUACAACCAGCAGGCCAGGCGGAUGGCCUGGGGCAAGGCCAUCUGCUUGCUCAUCUGGGUGAUCUCCCUGCUGGUUUCCCUGCCACAGAUCAUCUACGGCAACGUCCAUUAUCUCGACAGGCUUGUCUGUGGUUAUCACAAUGAGGAGAUUUCCACUGUAGUUCUUGCUACCCAGAUGACACUGGGGUUCUUCCUGCCACUGCUCACCAUGAUGGUGUGCUACUCCGUCAUCAUCAAGACCCUGCUUCACGCCCGAGGCUUCCAGAAGCACAAGUCUCUGAAGAUCAUCUUCCUGGUGGUGGCUGUGUUCCUGCUGACCCAGACGCCCUUCAACCUUGUGAAGCUCAUCCACAGCACGAGCUGGGAGUACGCCACCAUGACCAGCUUCCACUAUGCUGUCAUUGUUACAGAGGCCAUUGCCUACCUGCGGGCCUGCCUUAAUCCUGUGCUCUAUGCCUUUGUUGGCUUGAAGUUCCGGAGGAACUUCUGGAAACUCAUGAAGGACACUGGCUGCCUCCCUUACCUGGGGGUCUCGACUCAAUGGAAGUCUUCCGAGGAUGCUUCCAAGACCUGUUCUGCCUGUCACAACGUGGAGGCCACCAGCAUGUUCCAGCUGUAG